AUGGGCUGUGCCCACGGUCCCGCGUGGGGCAGGACGGUGGCAGCAGUCCCGGCUGCCGGCGGAGCUGGCAGGAGCGCGGCGCUGCCCGGGGCCGUGCCCGGGCACCGGGGCAGGUACGGGGACCGCGGGGGCAGCGGGCACGGUGACAGCCGCGGCCGUGGGGUCCCGGGAGGAGCGGGGUGCCGGUGCCGGGGCCGCCCGGGCACGGAGCAGCGUUUGGGGAUGGCGGAGCGAUCCCGGAGCGCAUCCAAGCGGCUGGAAAGCAGCGAGCGGAGCGAAACUGGCGGCUCGGGCACGUCCCGGGAGCCGGCUGCCACCUGGGAGGUGAGGGCCAACGACCGCUCCUACCACAGGCAGGCCAGGAAGAAAUUCGCCUUCUGCCUGAGCAAGAGGAAAUACUCAGGCAACGCCAUCAGGACGGCCAAGUACAGCGCGCUCAGCUUCCUGCCCCGCAACCUCUGCGAGCAGUUCCACCGCGCGGCCAACCUCUACUUCCUCUUGCUCAUCCUCCUGCAGACCUUCCCUGAGAUCUCCACGGUGCCCUGGUACACUCUGCUGUUCCCCCUGAGCUGCCUUCUCAUCAUCCGGGGGCUGCGAGACCUCGUGGAUGACAUCGGCCGUCACCGCAGUGACAGGAGCAUCAACAGCCGGCCCUGUGAGAUCCUGGCUGGGAGGAGGUUCUGCUGGCAGGAGUGGCGCGACAUCUGCGUCGGGGACAUCGUGCGGCUGCGCAAGGACAGCAUCGUCCCGGCUGACCUGCUCCUGCUGUGCAGCUCCGAGCCCAGCAGCCUGUGCUACGUGGAGACCGCUGACAUUGAUGGGGAAACCAACCUGAAGUUCAGACAGGCCCUUCUGGUCACCCACCAGGAGCUGGGGAGCGAGGAGAGCAUGGCUGCCUUUGAUGGGCGGGUGGCGUGCGAGGAGCCCAACAGCCGCAUGCACAGCUUCACGGGCGUCCUGCGCUGGCGGGGCCGCACGCACGCCCUGGAUGGAGACCGGCUCCUGCUGCGGGGCUGCCGCGUCCGCAACACCGCGCUGUGCUACGGCCUGGUGCUCUACGCAGGCGAGUGGCGCUGCCCGGGGUUUGAUUCCAAAAUCAUGAGGAACUCUGGGAAGAUCAAGAGGAAGAAAACCAAACUAGACCAUCUGAUGGACCGGCUGGUGAUCGUGAUCUUCUUGCUGCUGUUGGUGACAUCCCUGGGCCUUGCUGUGGCCUCUGGGUUCUGGGCCAGGACGUUCCAGGAGAAGCACAGCUACCUGGCUGCCCUCUACCAGCACACCAGCCCUGCCCAGCAGGCCUUCCUCAACUUCUGGGGCUUCACCAUCCUCCUGAGCAUCAUCAUUCCCAUAUCCAUGUACAUAACGUUUGAAUUCAUCUACCUGGUGAACAGCUGCUUCAUUAACUGGGAUCUGGAGAUGUAUUAUGGUGCCAAGGACAUCCCGGCCGAGGCCAGGAGCACCAGCCUCAGCGACCAGCUGGGCCAGAUCCAGUUCAUCUUCUCGGACAAGACGGGCACCCUGACCCAGAACAUCAUGAGCUUCAAGAAGUGCUGCAUCAACGGCACCAUCUAUGGUCCAGGCACAGGCCAUGGGAACAAACAGGCACCGGGCUCGGGGCUGAGCCGGGAGCUCCCCGGGGAGCAGAAGUCGGAUGCUGGUGAUGUGACCCUGCUGGAAGCCGCCCGCAGGGACGAGGACCCGGUGCUGAGGGAGUUCCUGAGGCUGCUGGCCCUCUGCCACACCGUCAUGGUGGAGGACAGGGGCGACCAGCUGGUUUACCAGGCAGCCUCCCCGGAUGAGGAAGCGCUGGUGCUGGCAGCCAGGAACUUGGGCUACGUCUUCCUGGCCCGGACUCAGGACACCAUCACCAUCAGGGAGCUGGGCAGGACCAGGACGUACGAGGUGCUGGCCAUGCUGGAUUUCAACAGCGACCGCAAGAGGAUGUCUGUCCUGGUGCGAGACCCCCAGGGCACCAUCCGGCUCUACACCAAGGGUGCUGACACCGUCAUCCUGGACAGGCUGCGCAGGCGAGGGCCCGAGGAGACCCUCACCGAGAGGGCUCUGGAUCGCUUUGCGGAGGAGACGCUGCGGACGCUGUGCGUGGCCAGCAGGGAGGUGAGCGAGGCCGAGUUCCGCGCCUGGAGCCGGAGGCACCGCGAGGCCACGGUGCUGCUGCAGCACCGUGCCCAGGAGCUGGACAGGCUCUACGAGGAGAUGGAGCAGAACCUGCAGCUGCUCGGGGCCACAGCCAUCGAGGACAAGCUGCAAGAUGGAGUCCCCGAGACCAUCCAGCUGCUGAAACUGGGCAACAUCAAAGUGUGGGUGCUGACAGGAGACAAACAAGAGACGGCGAUGAACAUCGGCUACGCCUGCAGGCUGCUGACGGACGACAUGGAGAUCCUGGAGGAGAAGGAGGUCAGCGAGAUCCUCCAGGCCUACUGGGAGAGCAACAACAACCUCAGUGGUGGUGGGGACGCCCCGUGCAGCCUCUCCCAGCAGCGCCCAGAGACUCCGUGCCACAAGAGAGCCAUCAUCGUCAGCGGGGACUUCCUGGACAAAAUGCUCCACACGGGAGAGGUGCUGAAGGAGAAGGGGUGGCCAUGGCGGUGGCUGCGCUGUGACGGAGCCAAGGCCUCGCAGGACCAGGGAGGUCUGGUGGAGAAGGCCUUUGUGGACCUGGCCACCAGCUGCCAGGCUGUGAUCUGCUGCAGGGUGACCCCCAAGCAGAAAGCCCUGAUGGUGCAGCUGGUGAAGAAGCACAAGAAGGCUGUCACCUUGGCCAUCGGGGACGGGGCCAAUGAUGUCAACAUGAUCAAAACCGCGGACAUCGGGGUGGGCAUCAGCGGGCUGGAGGGGCUGCAGGCCGUGCAGUGCAGCGACUACGCCCUGGCCCAGUUCUCCUUCCUGCAGCGCCUGCUCCUCGUCCACGGCCGCUGGAAUUACCUGCGCAUCUGCAAGUUCCUCCGCUACUUCUUCUACAAGACCUUCGCUGGCCUCCUGGCCCAGGUGUGGUUCGCUUUCCACAGCGGAUUCACGGCCCAGCCUCUGUAUGAUGGCUGGUUCCUUGCACUCUACAAUAUUUUCUACACUGCCUACCCCGUGCUGUCCGUGGGCCUUUUGGAGCAGGACGUGAGUGCCAAGAAGAGCCUGGAGUUCCCUGAGCUCUACGUGGUCGGGCAGCAGGAUGAGCUCUUCAAUUACCGCGUUUUUGGUGUCACCCUCCUGCACGGGGUGGGCACCUCCCUCAUCAGCUUCUACAUCACACUCUGGGCCUUUGAGGAUCGUGUUGGCACCAAGGCCGUGGGUGACUAUGAGUCCUUCUCUGUCACAGUGGCCCUGUCAGCGUUGCUGUCAGUCCUCGUGGAGAUUGUCCUGGACACUCAGUACUGGACAGUGUUGUCCUUCCUGAUGGUCACAGCCAGCCUGCUCUUCUUCUGCCUCUUCUCCUUCCUGACCCAAAGUGUUGAUGCCUACAGGAUAGCCCCUGCCAUCUUCCGUUUCCCAGAUGCCAGCUGGAAUGCCCUGACCGACCCCUAUGUCCUGCUCGUGGUCCUGCUGGCCCUGGUGGUCAACACCCUCCCCUCGCUCACCGUCCACGCCGUCCGUGCCACCCUGGGCACAGCCACCACCCAGCAGAAGAUCCACCUGAAGGCCAAGCAGGAGUCCCCGGUGGAGCUGCGCUCCCACGUCCCCCGUGGCUCCUUCCGCCGCCGCUCCGGAUACGCCUUCUCCCACCGGGAGGGCUACGCGGGGCUCAUCACCCGCGGGGACAGCCUGCGUGGCAGGGACAGCCUGCGUGGCAGGGACAGCCUGCGUGGCAGGGACACUCUGUGUGACAGGGACAACCUGUGUGACAGGGACAACCUGCGUGACAGGGACACUCUGUGUGACAGGGACAGCCUGCGUGACAGGGACAACCUGCGUGACAGGGACAACCUGCGUGACAGGGACAGCCUGUGUGGCAGGGACAGCCUGCGUGACAGAGACAGCCUGCGUGACAGAGACAGCCUGCGUGACAGGGACAGCCUGUGUGGCAGGGACAACCUAUGUGACAGGGACACUGUGCAUGACAGGGACACCUCUGGCAGCACCACUCGUGCCCUGAGCCCCCGCAGGACCCCGGCCGUGCCCUCCGUGUGCUGCCCCUCGGUGUAG